UGUUCGUAUAACUGUUUUAGAAUGUCUGAUGACUUUUUGGCAUUCUUGAAAUUCAGCAUGCAUUGCUUUAAAUAUAUCUACGUUUACUUUGUAUGUGUGAACAUUUUGGAGAAUCUUAUUCAAGGCCAUGAAGGUAAUUCCAGUUGAAGUCAAUGCCAAAAGAUUUCCUUAAAAUAGGAGUAAAAAGCUGCUGCUUUCCUCCUUACGAUUCGGAAGAGUUGCACCGAAGGAAUUCAAGAUGUCAAAGUCAUCACAUUAUAGUUGGCUGCCUGCACUUUGAUCUAAGAUGUGAAGCGCUGUGAAUAAAAGUAGCGGAUUUGAUAUUAUUUCACACACAUGUUGGAACAGUAAAAGUAGCAGUCAAAUAAGAGUUUUUAUAACCCUAAAUCAA